AUGUGGCACUUUAUACCAUUGUGUGACCCCCCCCCACCCCACAAAAAAACAUUUUGCAUUGGUGCUGUGCUGUUGUGUUCUCCUCAAAGAUCCAUCCACCAUGCUGAGACCGUGCAUGAUGCUCGCCGCAGUCCUCUUGUGCUUGUUGGUGUUUUGGAGCAGCCUCGCCGACGCUUACCCGCCCCAACCCGAGAGUCCCGGCAACAACGCCUCCCCGGAGGACUGGGCCAAGUACCACACUGCUGUCAGGCAUUAUGUCAACCUCAUCACCAGACAGAGAUAUGGGAAGAGGUCAUCCCCUGAGCAGGCGAUGGCAUGGCUGCUGUUUGGUGCCGAUCCAAGUGAAGACGCUGAUCCACGUUCGGACUAUAACAGCGGGUGGUAAUCGACUCGAAGGGUGGCUCCUCCUCCUAAAAAAAAUAAAUAAAAAAAUCCAACAACAAUCAAAAACGCUGGGAUUUCCUGGAGGGACAACCUGCAUCUAAACAAUCUGUUUCAAUUUCUCAAUAUGCGUGCAUGUUUCUCGCUUUGUUUGUCUGCAAUGCAUCUCUUUGUAUAACCUCUUUGUCUUCUGGCCAAUGAUGUAAAUAAUUUGUAUGAGGGGGGGGAAAAA